CAUUUUCUAUUGCUGCCUAAUCAUCUUUAGGUUCCUGACUCUGGAGCCUUUUUCCAGUGGUUAACAGGUGUGAGGCAAUGUACGCCCUGGAUGCUUCGGCAGGUCAUCCAAGGGCCAACACACAGAUAUACAAGACGAAUAAAUAGAAAUCAGGCAAACACCCACACCUUAAUGCAAUUCAGGAUUCCCAGUUGUCUGACAUGAAUGUUUUGUAGGCUGUGACAGGAACCUAGAGUCAUGGUUCAUACACAACUUUGAAAAGUAUGGGGGGGGGGGGGGGCAGAGGUUCUUGUAUGAAGUAAACUUCAAAACCCAAAAAAUGUAUUUUUAUUUUGUAAAUAAAAACAUCCAUUACGAGCUAAAAUAGUUUGCGUUUUUUUAUGAGAAGAAUUGUGUUUCAUACAAAGACUUUUUUUUGUGUUAACUAAUAUAUAGUAAUAUAUUUAAUGACAGUGACAUUUAUUUAUACAGCUCACAGUCGCACGUAUUCUCACAGCUACUAACACCUUCUGAUCCACUGGACUAGUAUCCAUUUUCUUUUACAUCUCAUUUCUAUUAUUAUUCAUAUGUUCUAAGCCUAACUUUAAUAAUAGCAGCAAAUUUGAAACAGCUCACUCUUGAAGAUGAAACCUUGUGUCUCAAUGAGAUUUUUUUACCUGAAUAAAUAAAAUGAAUAUAAAAAAAAAAAGAAACAAAAAAAAUGUAAAAUCUUUAAAUCAUUCUAUAUUUAAUGGGCAUGAAAUUAAGAUUAGAACAUUUCAUUUGAGGCUCAGAUGGUGGAUUGAAAUAAAUGUUGGGUCUAAAAGCUACAAUUUAUUUUAUACAUUUGUUUCUCGUUAUAUUUUACGGUAAAGCAUUUUUUUUUUUUAGCAAUGAUGUGAUUAAAAAUGCAAAGAUUAGUAAAUGAAGGAUGUUUUUUCAGCUUGAGCCAGCCUAUGGGAUCACUGCACUUUUGUAUUUUUAUUUUAAAGUUUCUCUGAUUUGGUGUUAUUUAUGUGUGUUUCAGUAAUAUUAACAUUUUUGUUUUAUUCUAUGAACUACUUACAUUUCCCCUAAAUUCUAAGCAGAAAUGUUGUCAUCUUCAUCUAAUGGUCAAAAUGACAAAUAUGAAGUCAUUUCAGACUUGCAAAGGAAACAAGUUCAGACUCCUUUUGAAACAAACAAAUGCAAACGUUUCAACUUAGGAAGAGUUCUUGGAAUCGAUUUGUGUUACAAUAGCCCUGGUAUUCAAUCACAGCUGUCAUGCAUCUUGGCAUGCUGUCCACCAGGCUUUCACGUUGCUCUUGGGUUGCGGUGAAAAAUUAAUCAGUGCCUCAGUAGGUAGAAUGAUGUGUGCUUGUGUUUGAAUCCAGCAGAGACUGGAAGGGAAUGGCUGAAAUACAUUUAGAGAUGCUGAUUUCAGAAGAAAUGUCCUGUGAUCCCUUCAUUUUUUUCCAUAGCUUUUUAUCUGUCCAUUAUCAAAGAAAUUCAAGUCUUUGUUCUAUAAACAAUAAAAUUAUGAAUUUGUUCUCAAAACAAACAUAGUGUGGUUAUUUUUGGACAAUUGUAAAAUUUAACUGUGAUCAAAAAAACUUAAGAUCUCAUUAUCUAGAAAUAACAAGAUAUUACUGAUAUCAGAACAAUGCGAGCUUGAGGUAUUCUCUUAAUAGAAAGACAUAUUGAACCUUAUUGAAACAACCGUAAGAUCUCUUUAGUUCACCUAAAUUGUAUAACCGUUUGGGAUUAUGUGAUGAAACUAAAUUUAUAUGUGUGACUUUUUUGGUUUUCAAAACAGGUUUUAUUCAAUCCUUUUGGGCUUUAAAUUAUUACAGUAUACUGAUACCAAAUCCCAAACACACACACACACACAUACACAAACUUGGACACACACACACUGGACAGAAAAUUGACUGAGAUAUUUUUGUAAAUGUGAAAGUGGAAGUUUAAAAUUUUGAAAUAAAUAAAAACAGGAAAAACUCACUCAUGCUUGUGCAAAAUCUUCUGAAGAGCUAUCAGAAAAGAGUUGAGCUACAACGUAUUACAUAAACAAACGUCUAUCCAAUAUACAGAACAUACAGGAUCUCUCAUACACUAUAUCAACCACAAUAGUUAUAGACAAACAUCAACUUUGUUGCUUGGAUAAAACUACAUAUUUUUGCGAUUUUUGAUAUGUGGAUCAUCGAGGUCUGUACUAAAAGCUCUCUGUACUAAAAACGUACAUCUAAAUAACUGGUUUACACUGGAAUCGCUAAUCUUAUUUUUCUUUAUUUUUUUUGUGUAUAUAAAACUCAUUCAUGGUCAUUCAUCAUCGCUAACUGCACUGUUGACUCCAAUCUGUUCUUUUCUUAAAAGAAUAGCAAACAAGCGUAACGACGUUUCAAGCCUUACAGCAAGUGUAACAAAUGCACAAGCAUCUUGUUUAAGCGAUGUCUCUCUGCCUUUUGUAUCUGUGCAGAUUUUCAGCAACUGUUUGCUAAAAGCCGUGUCCAAUAAAUUAUAGAUGGAGAUAAACGUCAGGUUUCAUCCAGUUGUUGUCUUCUUCUUCUUCUUUUUUUUUUUUAAGCGAGCACCUCCACACAGAUACGUCCAAUACAUCACAAAGACGUUUUAUGAUAUAUAUUUAAUGCCUCUCGAAGCCUGGCGGUGAUCUCAGCAUAUGUGAGCACUUAGCCAGCUCCAUUAGCUGUGUUUUGUGUCCCAUUAGUCCGUAAAUGUGUCACACCUGCAAAGAGGGGAUUAUAAUCCUGACAGCAGCCUUGUACAACACCUAUAAAAUCCCCCCCUGGCUAAUGUGCCACAUGCUAACAAGGCAAACACGGAGGUGAGGUGGUCUUCAAUGAAGUUGAGUGGAUGCUCAUGAACUUAGAACUGUUGUUCUGAUUAACUCCGGUCCAAAUUAUUGUCUGUUUUUAUUCAGUGACGCUUUCGUUUGCAGCCCUGCCUCCGUGGGCUGCGGAGCUGUGACAUUAUUUUUAUUACAUAUUUGGCUUCCCCCGCAGCUUCAAUGAAGGCAAGCAACAGAGUUAUGGUGCAGGUGCUGCUGUUGGCAUUGCUGGCUCAGGUCACUCUGUGCCAGCACUGGUCCUAUGGAUGGCUACCAGGUGGAAAGAGAAGCGUGGGAGAGCUGGAGGCAACCAUCAGGAUGAUGGGCACAGGAGGGGUGGUGUCUCUUCCUGAAGAGGCGAGCGCCCAAACCCAGGAGAGACUGAGGCCUUACCAUAUUAAUGACGGCUCCAGCCAUUUUGACAGAAACAAAAGGUUCCUAAAUGAAUAAGGAGCAAGAAGAAGACAGACAGAUUAUUAUCCGCGCCAUGGAAUGUCUUCUCUGACUUCAGAUUUUUGCUGUUUUCAAUGCAUAUAUUUGUCUUUAAUGUCAUUAUAAAUCAAUUGUAAUAAACUUUUGAACCC